AUGUUACCAGUGAAGAUCUGUGCAGCUUUAGCAGGAGUGAUCCUGGUUUGUUGUACGGCAGUAGUAGUUCACGGGCUGGACAAUGGACUGGCACGAAAACCACCGAUGGGAUGGAUGAGUUGGGAGCGGUAUCGGUGUAUAACGGAUUGCAAAAAGUACCCGGAUGAGUGUAUCAGCGAGCAGCUGUUUAAGAGAAUGGCUGAUCUGAUGGUGUCCGAAGGCUAUCGGGAUGCUGGUUACGAGUACGUCAACAUCGAUGACUGCUGGAUGGCAGACGAGCGAGAUGAGGACGGUGUGCUGCAACCGAACAAGGAGCGAUUCCCCAACGGCAUCAAACACCUAGCUGACUAUAUCCACGCACGAGGGCUAAAGUUUGGUAUCUAUCAAGACAUUGGCACAAAAACGUGCGCCGGCUAUCCCGGCAUGAUGGGCUACUUCAAGCUGGAUGCACAAACGUUUGCCGAUUGGGACGUAGACUUCAUCAAGAUUGAUGGUUGUUACGCUGACGUGGAGCUGAUGGUGGAUGAUUACAUCAAGUUUGGUGCAUUUAUGAACGAAACCGGCCGUCCAAUAUUGUACUCCUGCUCGUGGCCCGCCUAUCAGGAGUAUAAUGGCAUCAUCCCGGAUUACGAGCAGCUGAAGGAAACGUGCAACAUGUGGCGUAACUGGGGGGACAUUGAGGAUUCGCACCAGUCGGUGGUGGAGAUUACGAAAUACUUUUCCGACCAUCAGAACAGAAUCGUCCCACAUUCCGGACCGGGGCAUUGGAAUGAUCCUGAUACGCUGAUUCUUGGAAACUAUGGGUUAAGCUACGAUCAGAGCAAAUCCCAGCUGGCCGUUUGGACGGUGCUCGCUGCCCCGUUUCUCAUAUCGAACGAUCUGGCCAAGGUGACUCCGGAGGUUAAGGAGCUACUGCUUAACAGGGCCAUCAUUAAGGUUAACCAGGAUCCGUUGGGUAUUCAGGGACGACUUGUCAAGACGAUCAACAAGAUAGAGAUCUGGAAACGAUCCAUACUGCCCCGGGUGGGCCAUGAGCUGACGCAAGCAAUUGCAUUUGUUUCACGCCGGGCCGACGGUGCACCGUACACCGUGAGCGUGAAGCUGCGGGAAGACGUUGGUCUAAGCAACAGCACCAACAUCAAGGGAUACAAAGUUUACGAUCUUUUCGAACCAAAGGCGGUUCCGUUUCUUGUACGCGCCGGCACCACAUUUGAGACGCGGGUCAACCCAUCCGGUGCCAACUUGUACCGCUUCGUACCACAGUAUGGAACGGAUUUUAUCAGCUUCUAG